AUGUACGUUGACCCCGCGCGUCUCGACGCGUGUGCGGGGUACAACUUGGCGAGCGUGGAGCAGGCGGACAACCAGCAACUCCGCGCGACGCUGAAGCAGGCGGGCAACUGUGGUGUCUUUGGAGACGAUAUCCCAGAGCUGAUGCUGGAGGUCACGUACGAGACGAAUCAGCGCAUCCACAUGAAGAUCACCGACGCCGCAAACCAGCGCUACGAGAUCCCCGAAGACCUCAUCCCGCGGCCGGGCGCGUCAGACGAGGUCGGUCAGGACACGGCAGAGAUCAACUUCAACUACACCGAGUCUCCCUUCUCUUUCACCGUCUACCGCACGUCGACAAACGAGGUGCUGUUCAACACCGCGUCGUACCCACUCAUCUUCGAGGAUCAGUACUUGCGCGUGAAGACAUCUCUGCCGGACGCGGCGAAUAUGUAUGGCUUGGGCGAGCAUACACAUGGAUUCCGGCUGGAUAAUCAUGAUACGACGCUCACUAUGUUCAACCGCGACGCCCCCUUCGUUCCCACCGGAACCAACCUCUACGGCUCGCACCCCAUCUAUCAAGAACACCGCGAGACCGGCACGCACGGUGUCCUCCUCCUCAACUCCAACGGCAUGGACAUCAAGCUCAACGAUACGGACGGCGCGACGACCCUUGAGUACAACGUCGUUGGGGGGGUUCUGGAUUUCUAUUUUCUCGCGGGGAGCGAGGAGGAUCCGACGGCCGUGGCGAGGCAGUACGCGGAGGUGGUGGGCACGCCGGCGGAGAUGCCGUACUGGAGCUUUGGGCUGCAUCAAUGUCGGUAUGGGUAUCAGAACUUCGUUGACCUCGCCGAUGUCAUUACCGGGUAUGCCAAUGCAGGCAUCCCUCUAGAGACGAUGUGGACGGACAUCGUAGACUACAUGCACCGGCGUCGCGUCUUCUCACUCGACCCCGACUAUUUCCCCUUGGACCGUAUGCAGGAGAUCGUCAAGUACCUGCACGACCACGAGCAGAAAUACAUCAUGAUGACCGACCCGGGCGUCGCCUACGUCCCAGGAGAGAACUACGAGGCCUACAACAAGGGCAUCGAGAUGGACAUCUUCCUCAAGCAGGAGAACGGCAGCGAUUUCCUCGCCCUCGUCUGGCCUGGCGUCACUGUCUACCCCGACUGGUUCCACGACAAGACGCAGGAAUACUGGUCGCUCAUGUACGCCAACUUCUUCAACCCCGACACCGGCAUCGACGCCGACGGCUCCUGGAUCGACAUGAAUGAGCCCUCGAAUGGACAUCUUCCAGCAGGCGAAGGACGGCAACCUCCCACCCGAGCGCAACGAGGCGAACAAGCCCGACCACGACGCACCUAUCUUUCAAAAUGGUACCGCACGGAGAAGCUGGCGAAGCGGGAUAUCAUGGACCCGCCGUACGAUAUAGACAAUGUGUAUGGGGAGCUUUCGGCGAAGACUGCGGACGUGAGUUGCAAGGCUGACGAUGCUGAGCAGAUGGACAUCAAGCACCGGAAUGGGCUGUUCGAGUACGACACGCACAAUCUGUUCGGCCUGUCGAUGAGCAAGAUCACUCGACAGGCGUUGCUUAACCGCAGGCCUGGCCUUCGUCCGUUUGUUCUCUCUCGUUCAACGUUUGCCUCCACGGGUCGCCAUGUCGCUCAUUGGCUCGGUGACAACGAAAGCAACUGGGACCAAUACCGCAACUCAAUCGCCAACAUCCUUGCUAUGGCCGCAGUAUACCAAGUCCCCAUGGUCGGCGCUGACAUUUGCGGCUUCAAUCGCGACACGACUGAGAACAUGUGCGCUCGCUGGGCGGCUCUCGGCGCCUUCUACCCUUUCAUGCGUAACCACAAUGGCGACAGCAGCAUCAGCCAGGAAUACUAUCUCUGGGAAACCGUCACCAACGCCGCCAAGAACGCCAUCGAAAUCCGCUACCGCCUCCUCGACUAUUUCUACACCGCCAUGCACAAGCAGCACAGUGACGGCACGCCCGCUAUCGCCCCUCUCUGGCAUUACUACCCAAAGGACGCGAACACCUACUCCGUUGACACCCAGUUCUUUUUCGGCCCGAACGUCAUGGUGUCGCCGAUUCUUGAGGAGAACGCGGAGAGCAGGGACGCGUACUUCCCGAACGACAUCUUCUACGACUGGUACUCCCUUACGGCGCUCCAGGGCCCGGGUGAGAAUGGGGUGAUGAACGCGAAUAUCACGUCGAUUCCGGUGCACAUCCGGGGAGGGUCCAUCUUGCCGCUGCGCGUGAAGGGGGCGAUGACCACCGCCGCUCUGCGUCGCACGAACUUCGAGUUAGUCGUCGCGGUGGGGUUGGAUGGGACGGCAGAGGGCACGCUCUACAUCGACGACGGCGUCAGCAUCGAGCAGCAGAAGACAACGGAGGUGACGAUGAAGUACGACAAGGGCACACUUACUGUGGAUGGGACCUUCGACUACGAUGUGGGCGACGUGAAGCUGGAGCGCGUGCGUGUUCUGGGCGUCGGCGCUGCACCGGGGAGCACGAAGCUCGAUGGCGAAGAGGUCGAGGGCGUCGGCUUCGACCAAUCCAAGGGAAUCUUCGAUGUCCCUAUCGACCGCCCGCUUGGCAAGUUUACCCUGGUGUUGUCAUAG